GUGGAGUGGUGCACGCUGGGACUACGGGAGCCGGCGAGGCCUAGCGUUCGGGAGGCGGGAAGAGUUCCGGAAGCGGCGCGGGAUGACCGCGUCACUUCCUAAUAGCGGCGCCGGGAGUGGGGGAGCAACAUGCCCAAGUUUUAUUGCGACUACUGCGAUACCUACCUCACCCAUGACUCCCCGUCUGUAAGAAAAACCCACUGUAGUGGCCGUAAACACAAAGAGAAUGUGAAAGAUUACUAUCAAAAAUGGAUGGAAGAACAAGCUCAGAGCCUGAUAGAUAAAACAACCGCUGCAUUUCAGCAAGGCAAAAUCCCACCUACUCCAUUCUCGGCUCCACCUCCAGCAGGAGCCAUGAUACCACCGCCUCCCAGCAUCCCUGGCCCUCCGCGACCUGGUAUGAUGCCAGCUCCCCAUAUGGGUGGACCUCCAAUGAUGCCAAUGAUGGGCCCACCUCCACCAGGAAUGAUGCCAGUUGGACCUGCUCCAGGGAUGAGGCCGCCUAUGGGAGGACACAUGCCAAUGAUGCCAGGCCCGCCAAUGAUGAGACCUCCAUCCAGACCCAUGAUGGUGCCAACCAGGCCAGGAAUGACCCGUCCUGACAGAUAAAGGUGGAAGCUGAGCUUCUGUUUUCCAUUUUUGUUUCUGAUUUUUGUUGUUCUUCCUACAGUGCUACCUACAACUCCAGGAUUUUGCGUUAAAACAGUGGGCUGAAAAGACCUGCCACCUCUUCAGUUUGCAAAAGGCCUGAUAGGGGCACCUAGAUCAGGAUUCAUUGUAACUGUUUUUCCCCAUUUGAAAUGUAACAAUAAAAGGUUGAUGCUGGUUUAGAUACAGAGA